AUGUCUCUUAGAAAUAUAUUUAGAACCGUCAGAAGCACUCAUAGUUAUUUACUAAGAUAUAACUAUUUGGGUGCCAGUUUUAGCAAUUAUAAAAGUGUUGUUCCUUUAUCGACAAAUAUACCAGCUUUGAAGGACGAGAAAGUGAAAGUCACAUUUGUGCUCAACGAUGGAAAGAGGAUCGAGACUGAAGCCAAGGUGGGAGACAGCCUGCUCGAUGUGGUUGUCAAUAACGACCUGAACAUUGAAGGCUACGGUGCCUGCGAGGGUACGCUCACAUGCUCCACCUGCCAUGUGAUAUUGAAGCAAGAGGAUUUCGAUAGAUUACCAGAAGAGGCGAGCGACGAAGAACGCGACAUGCUGGACCUCGCGUACGGUCUCACGGACACGUCCCGGCUCGGCUGCCAGAUCAUCAUGAGCAAGGACCUGGACGGCCUGGAGAUUCAGAUCCCGGAGACCAUUAAUGACGCGAGGAGUUGA